AUGGAAAGCACAACAUCCGGGGAUUCAACAACUGAAAGCUUCACAACAACUAAAAUGCCUACUUCCGCAGAUAUCGACGAAUGUACAUCGGGCACCCACGUCUGUCAUGUCAACGCCGAGUGUGUGAACAACAUAGGAAGUUAUACGUGUGUAUGCCUAGCUGGAUAUACUGGUAAUGGAUUUGACUGCGUUGAUAUCGACGAAUGUACAUCGGGCACCCACGUCUGUCAUGUCAACGCCGAGUGUGUGAACAACAUAGGAAGUUAUACGUGUGUAUGCCUAGCUGGAUAUACUGGUAAUGGAUUUGACUGCGUUGAUAUCGACGAAUGUACAUCGGGCACCCACGUCUGUCAUGUCAACGCCGAGUGUGUGAACAACAUAGGAAGUUAUACGUGUGUAUGCCUAGCUGGAUAUACUGGUAAUGGAUUUGACUGCGUUGAUAUCGACGAAUGUACAUCGGGCACCCACGUCUGUCAUGUCAACGCCGAGUGUGUGAACAACAUAGGAAGUUAUACGUGUGUAUGCCUAGCUGGAUAUACUGGUAAUGGAUUUGACUGCGUUGAUAUCGACGAAUGUACAUCGGGCACCCACGUCUGUCAUGUCAACGCCGAGUGUGUGAACAACAUAGGAAGUUAUACGUGUGUAUGCCUAGCUGGAUAUACUGGUAAUGGAUUUGACUGCGUUGAUAUCGACGAAUGUACAUCGGGCACCCACGUCUGUCAUGUCAACGCCGAGUGUGUGAACAACAUAGGAAGUUAUACGUGUGUAUGCCUAGCUGGAUAUACUGGUAAUGGAUUUGACUGCGUUGAUAUCAACGAAUGUACAUCGGGCACCCACGUCUGUCAUGUCAACGCCGAGUGUGUGAACAACAUAGGAAGUUAUACGUGCGUAUGCCUAGCUGGAUAUACUGGUAAUGGAUUUGACUGCGUUGUCUUACUUUAUUCACUCGUCUUUCUCUUAUUUUUCCUCUUCAUUUUCUCUUCAACUCCUGUUUCACCCGACUGUCUAACGUGUAUCUGCAAGGUCGAAUCCGGGUGUACAAUACCUCAUCCUGUUUGUCAUGAUGAUGUUGGCUCACUUUCAUGCGGCCCAUACCAGAUAAAAGAAGCAUACUGGAUUGAUGCGCGGUUAAGAGGAGGUGAACUCAAGGGCUCUUGGAUGAAUUGCACGGCUGAAUUUGAAUGCAGCGAGCAGGCGGUACAAGGCUACAUGGCGCGUUAUGCUACUUUCCAACGCCUCGGACGUCAACCUACUUGCCAGGAUUUCGCCCGUAUACACAAUGGUGGUCCAGAUGGCUAUGACGAAGAUGGUACCUUGGGAUAUUGGGAAAACGCUUUGAGUCGUUAUGAAGAGUGCCGAUGUGCAGCAGUUUUGCCAGAUUUGCCGAUGCAAAAAGGAGGAAUAGUAGACAUAAGAGAGGUGGAGAGACAGAGAGGGUUAGGGGGCGGGGAAAAACAUAGAGAACAUAGCGGGGAAAGCUUAGACGUUGAAAUUGUCACAAAUGAUUGUGGUUAA